UGCAGCCCCCCAGGGGAGCGGCACGUGACAAGCCCGGGACUACGGCAGGUUCCCACGUGAUCCUGGCCUGCAGUAGCGUGGCUGCGGUGAGGUGCCUGCGCUCCUGAAGGGCGGGCGCGGAAGUAAACGCGGCCUCAGGCGGAUUCCGACUGGCGGCGGCGAGGUCGUCAGGGAGCCGCCAGGCGGGGACCGCUUGGCUUCGGCGGCCGCCGCGGUCAGCUCGUUCCGUUAUCUCCGCCUUGGCCGGCCGCACAGCGGCGGGCCAAGUUCCCUUCGGGUCCUGAGACCUUGGGGGAGUGAGGCCCGAAGUCGGGACCAACUCCGCAUCCCCCUGGCCCUCCAUCUCUCCCUUGGCACGCAGCGAAUCGCUGGUUCCCUCGGGCUGGCCUCCCCCGCCGAGCCGGGAGACUAAGUUCGGGUCGGUAAAGGUAACUGUGGGAAAAGCGGCCCCCCAGUGGACAAAGGCGGAGGCAGGCAUAGAGCAGGCCCCGCGGGCCGCGGGUGCUGAGCAUAGGCAGUGGAGGAGGUGAGCCAGAAGAAAGGAGGACUGCGGCUUUAGAAGGCGCUGGGAAAGACUUGUUGCGCGAUGGAAGAAUCUGACUCCGAGAAAAAGACGGAGAAAGAGAAUCUGGGCCCAAGAGUGGAGCCUCCACUCGGGGAGCCGGAAGGAUCGCUUGGGUGGGCAAUGCCAAAUGCAACCAUGAAGAAAAAGGUGCUGUUGAUGGGUAAAAGUGGAUCUGGUAAGACCAGCAUGAGGUCUAUUAUCUUUGCAAAUUAUAUUGCCAGAGACACUCGUCGCCUUGGUGCAACAAUCCUAGACCGUAUACAUAGUCUUCAAAUUAAUAGCAGUUUGAGCACCUACUCUCUCGUAGACUCUGUUGGAAAUACAAAGACAUUUGAUGUAGAACAUUCUCAUGUUCGAUUUCUGGGAAACCUGGUUUUGAACCUGUGGGAUUGUGGUGGACAAGACAACUUCAUGGAAAAUUAUUUUACUAGCCAGCGUGACAACAUCUUUCGGAAUGUGGAGGUUCUGAUUUAUGUCUUUGAUGUGGAGAGCCGUGAACUUGAAAAGGACAUGCACUAUUAUCAGUCAUGCCUUGAGGCCAUUUUACAGAAUUCUCCAGAAGCCAAAAUCUUUUGCUUGGUGCACAAAAUGGAUUUGGUACAGGAGGAUCAACGAGACUUGAUUUUUAAAGAACGAGAAGAAGACUUAAAGCGUUUAUCUCGUCCAUUAGAAUGUUCUUGUUUCCGAACAUCUAUCUGGGAUGAAACUCUGUAUAAGGCUUGGUCCAGCAUUGUUUAUCAGCUGAUUCCUAAUGUUCAGCAACUGGAAAUGAACCUGCGCAAUUUUGCUGAAAUUAUUGAGGCUGAUGAAGUACUUCUGUUUGAGAGAGCGACCUUUCUGGUCAUUUCUCAUUAUCAGUGUAAAGAACAGCGUGAUGCCCACAGAUUUGAGAAAAUCAGCAACAUUAUUAAGCAAUUCAAGCUGAGCUGUAGCAAGCUGGCUGCCUCUUUCCAGAGUAUGGAAGUGAGGAACUCUAACUUUGCUGCUUUCAUUGACAUAUUCACAUCCAACACUUACGUCAUGGUCGUGAUGUCUGAUCCAUCCAUUCAAGGGGUCAUCCUAUCUACUUUGUUAUUGAACUCCUCCUCUGCCGAAGUCACCUUUUGAUGAACAUUUACAUGGGACACAGGACUGAGGAAGUAACCACAGGAUGAGUUCUGGGACCCACUGGAUCUACUAUGACAUUGACUUCAGCCAAAUCUCCAUGAAUCCCCUGACCUCCAUAAGCCCCUACUUUCACUGGAGGGCUACAGUGCUUCUUGGGAUCUCUGGAACCAGCAUCAAUUCAGAAGCAGUAUCCAACAGACCCUGGAAAGUCUGGGUGUUUCCUUUCCUACAGUGUACAGUUACCCUUGGAAAAGUCCAUAAGCUCUCUGGGAGAGGACUAGAGAAAGGCUAGUGGUAAAAUCCUUAGGCAUUUAAUCAAGGUCCUUCCUUAGGGGAACCUGGCCAUCCCUUCAUUCAAGGGAUUCUGGGUCUAUAAACUGGCUCAAGUCUGGAAAUUGGGUCAUGGUCUGAGAUUCCCUUUGGCCAUGAUCCAAUGGAGCCUUUCUUUCUCAUUUGUUUGAGAGUUUUUCCCCCACUUAUACAGAUCAAAAAGAAAAAUGCAGCAGGCUUCUUAUGUAUUUCAUGCCUGGAAACACCAUGAUUGAUUAGCUGGUACCAAAGGUCCAUAUGAGUCAUACCACGAUAGAAUUCACUUUGCCUGUGCUGACCAUUAUGGGUCAGGCCAUUAUGGGCAUUGCAUUGUCUAUGCUGCCCAUUACAAUAACUAUGAUCACCUUGCCUUUGGUGAUUCAGAGCGCCACCUGGCCCCUGCUACUUUGGGGCCCAACUAAACUCCUUGCUUUUAAUUCAUCCAACUGAGCAGCAGAGAAAGGGCGGCAGUGAAGCUCUGCAGAUGUUCUGGUGCCCCUCACCAUUUUAUGUCAUAGAGGAUUUGUGAAGGGCGUGUCUUCUGGGCCUUCUUCCCAUUGUGGAAGCUUGGGUUUUUCACAGCAUACCCACUCUAAGAUUGCAGUUUCCCUGAGCCUUAAAAUCACUUCAUCAAUAUUAAGCCAAGGGAUAUCAGGCAUCUCCAACUCCUUUCCAGUAGGCCAUCUUUUGAGAAAUGCUACAGCUAACCAAUUAAACAAACUGACAUCUUUAACUGUUUAAGGUUUCAUAUUAGACCUAGAAUCUCCACUCAGUAGCCCCUUAUCAAUAAACUCAGCCUGAUCUAG